AUGCGGCUCUUACAAACUUUACAAACAUCUUAUACAUCCAACAGUUACGUGUUGGACGGCUGCCUAUGCAAUGGCACUUCCUCGAUUGCCCUCUCGACAUCACAACAAACCUUGCGCCUUUAUGACUCCCAAACCACGACUUUUCUGUUCGAUCUGACGGAUCACACGAAACCCAUCACUGAUGUUGUGGCCACCUCUGCCAAUCCUCACAUGCUGUACUCCUCACAGAGCGACUCUGGGGUUAUGAUCUCGGACCUGCGGCAGGGCAAGGCAGUGCACUUCCUGACUGAGAUGGCAAGUACCGGCGUCACAUGCAACUCUAUCAGUAUCUCCCCGUCAGGCGAGACCAUGGCGAUCGCCACGGACGGCGAUAUACACCUCCUCGAUUGCAAAACCUGGCAAUCCAAGUCGUGCAUUGAGAAGAUGCACACGGACGAGGUGUCCCGCGUGCGGUUCCUCAACGAUAAUGUCAUUUGCUCCGCUGGGGAGGAUCAGAUGAUCAAUUUCAUGACCACAGACCCGUCCGUGUGUGACGAUGACGUCCUGUUGCAGGCUACAUGCUGCGGUGAGGUAGUCAACAAGAUGAGUUGCCUGAGCGAGGUCGGGCUGAUGUCGAUGGUCGGAAGUUGCGAAAAUGGAUACUUGUACCCGUUUGACUUGGAAAAGACCGAAACCCGCUUUGAGCGGCCCGAUUUCCAAACCUAUUUAGUAGAUUGGUGCGUGCUUGGUGGGCAGCUUUGCCUUGUCCUCGGCCGUCGCGACGACGACGGCAAUGCCGGCCCGCUUUCAGUACUGAACUUUGAAACCAAGGAACAGCACGAGCUGCGCCCGAUGGCCCACGGGGAAAUCUGUCGCAUGGCAAUGGGCAUCGGCAACCGUCUCAUCACCGGCGGCGAGGACGGCCUGUUGGCUUUUUGGGUGUGGAAUAGGACGGUGGCGGAUGACAGCCCUGAGUUGGGGGGGGCCGCCUCUAUCGCGUCCACCCCGCAUGGGGUCCAAAAGGCAUACCCGACCGGGCCCUACAGCCUUGAGAAAAAAGGACCGAAGCCACAUUCCGCAAACGGCAAGAGCUUUGUCCAGUUCCCUAGGCGGAGACCGGGGAAGCCAUAUUGA